AGUUAUCUUUUGAAGCGUAAAAAAUAAGCUAUUUAUGAGUGAUUUAUCAUAUAAGAAAGUUUUGUCAAUUCAAUCAAAUGUUUCAUCGGGAUAUUGUGGAAAUCAAUGUGCAACGUUUCCGUUGCAACUUUUAGGAUUUGAAGUGUCAACGAUUCAUACGGUUCAGUUCUCUAAUCAUACGGGUUAUGGACGUUGGCGAGGACAAGUCUUUAAAGGACAACAUAUAAUGGAUCUUUAUGAGGGGUUAAAAGAGAAUGGAUUUACUAAAGAAUAUGAUUUUUUAUUAACAGGGUAUGUACGUGGAAAAGAAGGGAUCGAAACGAUUAUGAAUAUUAUAAAAGAUUUAAAAGGAACGAAUCCGGGGAUUGGGUGGUUAUUAGAUCCAGUUCUUGGGGAUGAACGAGGUUUUUAUGUUAGUCCGGAUGUUAUUCCAACAUAUAAACAACUUAUUCCUAUGAGUGAUUUGAUUACGCCGAAUCAAUUUGAAGCAGAAUUACUUUCUGGGCAAAAAAUUACAUCAAUUGAAAGUCUUACGAGUUGUUUGGAAUGUUUACAUAAAAAUCAUAGUCUUAAACAUGUUGUAAUUACAUCAGUUCAAUUCGAUAAUGACAAAGAAAACUUGUAUAUUAUUGGAUCAUCAUGUAAAUCGGACUAUACACCUCGAGCUGUUAAAAUAAAGGUUCCCUAUUAUAAACAAAUCUUAUCGGGAGUUGGGGAUUUAUUUUCAGCACUUCUUCUUGGUCGAUUUAAUACUAAUAUUAAAUUAUUACCUUCAGAUGAAAUACCAGCGAUUAGUCUUCCUCUUACUAUUGCUCUUGAAAUUGUAGUUUCAUCUGUGCAAUCAGUUAUACGAAAUACACUUAACUCAAUUGAAAAGGCUUCUGUUGAUCAAGAUAAAUUAUCAAAAGCAGAAGUAGCUAAAUUAGCUGAAUUGAAUAUUAUUCAGUCUCAGGAUUGCUUGAAGAAUCCUAAUAUUGAAUUUAAAGCAACUGCUUUAUCAUAGUAUAUUUAUAUAUAUUUAUAUAUGUUUAUAUACAUCGUUAAAAUAU